CUCCUCAGAUGAUUCAGGAUUGAGAUUAUAUAUGUGACUAUCUUUCUGUUCAGCUGUGACUGAUCAGGCGCCUGCUAGCUGUACUCGGAGUCUAGCUUGGAUUGUGGUCCUUUUUGUUGCACUGAAUAACUUCAAAAUAGAUUGAGAGUUUUUCUUUUCACCACUUGUGCAAUUCUACUAAUUUCAAGGGAGAAAUGGCCGAGAACGAUCGCUUGGCAGUUGCGGAUACCACGGAAAAGUCUUCUACGAGCGCAUCGAAUACAGAUCAACCGGGCGAUGACUCGUCGAGGACGGAGCACAGAGAGGAGGUUGAGGCGGAGGAGAGCGAUGGAGUAGAGACCACCAAGCAGAGAAGGCCUGAAGCCGGGGAGGAGAAAGGUGAGGAUGGUUCUGAGGAGAAAAGGGAGGUUGAGGAAACUGGAGAAGUGAAUACAGAAGAAGCGCCACCAUUGCCGGACGAAGAAGUACCGCCACUUCCCGAUGAAGCACCUCCAGGUCAGGAAGAGCAACAAGGGGACGAUGGAUGGGAACCAGUCUGGGAUGCAAACGCACAAGCAUAUUAUUUCUACAAUCGGAUAACAGGGGUAUCCCAAUGGGAAAAUCCUCGCGUACCAGAUGCUGCAUCGGUGUCGGCGCCAAGGGCCCAAAAAGUGGAAGAACAAGUUAUUCGAGGGGGUUAUAACCCUGCCAUUCACGGCGAUUAUGAUCCCACGGCUCCGUACGCCCAACAAUACGAGGCGGAUUUACAACUCGCAAGUGCCGUGAAUGCGGCAGAUCAGUCACAAUCCUACACAGCUACGGGAGCAUUCAAUCGCUUCACAGGCCGAUGGCAAGACUCAUCAUUGACACCGGAAAAUUUCAAUGAUGAGAACAAAUCCCGGCGGCAGAUGAACGCUUAUUUCGAUGUCGAUGCCGCUGCGAAUAGCCACAAUGGAAGGAGUCUCAAGGCCGAACGGAGUCAUAAGAAGCUUACCAAGGCUGAAGUCAAGGCGUUCAGAGAGAAGAGGAGAGAAAGGAAGGAAGAGAAGCGUCGAGCUUGGUUGCGGGAUUGAUUUGUCUGUGCUGUAUUAUAUUGUAUGAUUUUUAAAGAGGCUGGACUUGAUACCACUUGCGACUAUAUGAUCUUUUGGCUUGUUGUAUUAUUCUGUAUCAUUUGGGGCGGUUUGCUGGCUCUGCAUUGGAUUGGAGUUUAUAGCAACGAGUGUCUUGUUGAUCUGUUAUCUGCCAUGGUAGACGAUUAUGGGAUCUUAUUACCAUAGCUAUAUAUACUUA